GUUCCUUGAACACCAUUUGCCAUACCGGCGAAUAUACCUUCAAAUCCACAGCCUUACUCGCCGAAUAGAAGUCCUCCAAUACCAGGACAUGCCGUCGCAUCCAAGGACAAUGCACAGGGUAAGUGAGUACUUAACCGAUUCACUGUGCUAUUUACGCCGAUCGGAGGUCCGACGGGGAUCCGACUAUUCUAAGGGAUGUCGGGUCCGAGAAAGAGAGGAGAGAGAGAAAAGAAAAGGAUGACUCGGCUGAGCGUGGAAGAGGGAAAAAGAAUGACUGGAUUCAGCCUGGAAGAGAGCGAAGGAAGGAAGAGAACCAGAAAGGGACAUGGGGUCCCGUGUACGGUUCGCAGAAGAAGACGAGGAGGCGGAGAGGGGGGAGCAAUAUCGGUGCGGGAACAGCGCGGGCAGUACACGCGCAGCCGCCGAGACGCGCGCAUCCCGUGUGCAUUCGCGCUCUUCCGAAAGACGCAGGAGGAGCCCGCGAAAUCUCGAUUAAUCGUGGCACUGUGCAACGUGCCUCGCGACCGUGUAGUGAUCAUCCCUGUACGCGACGUCCUCUCCGAAGUUCGACACCGGAUACGAAUCACAGUCGUUCCGAAUGCACGGGGCAGUAUGACGCGAGGAACGAUCCGCGAGAGCGGUCGAAGCAACGUGAAGGUGGUGUCUUGGCGCACUUCACGUUCAAACUCGAGCGCGAUAAUCGCAAUCGCGGACCGCGAGGUGAUCGCGUAGGACGGUAUCAGAAUCGUGUCGCGUCGUCUCGUGGACGGUCGAGACACACGUCGCGCGUGUGGCAUAAUCGGUUUUCGUUCGUUGUGAAAGGUAAACGGUGGAGAGAGAGAGAGAGAGGACGAAGACGAGGAAGUGACCGCGCCGCAUUCUUUUGAAGGACGUUCAGUGUGCCGCUCGACGUCGCGUCGGUGAAUUCUCGGUGCUACUCGCGCCGUGUCGUCUUUUCGUCGCGAAUCCCUCCUUUAACCACGUGCUUCAUUCGUCCGUGUUCACUGGGGAGAGAGAAAAGAAAGAGCCGUCGUCGUUCCGAGUGAAUAUACGCGAGUGUCACCAGGCGAGUACUCGUCGGUUUCGGGAAGGUCGCCCGGUGGAGUUUCGUGGAACCGCGAAUUCGAGAAUACGUAUAUAGCCAGUGGAACCGGUUGUCGUAUCGUGGGAGCCGCGAGUAAAAGGGUUUUAGUCUUGAUCGGAGCGAAAAAUCGGGAGGGAAUUUACGUGCGUGCGUGAAUCUCCGUGAGCGUUUUCGUCCGUGUCGAUUUCGCGAUGUCGUGGAUAGGGGCGCAACGGGAUUUUUACGGUUGUGUAUAAAUUGUGAACCUUAUAAACAAAUGUCGAGUAUUGAAAAAACGGAGCUGGAGGAGAAGGAGAUGGAACACUGGAGCGAGGCAUUUCUCUCCGUCGAGUAGCUGAAUCGUCCGCCGGCAAUUGAAACGAGAUGGACGUACGGACAGAGAGACCUCGAACGGCUGGUCGGAUAGCGCCGACCGGACGCGUAACUCCGACCAUACAUCAAACAGGUGGAGGAAGAAGAAAAGCGAUACCGGUACCACCGCCGAGGGUGCCGACCCCCAUGCCCACUGCCAACAAUAAUCAGCAAAAAAACAAUGCGAACGUCGACGCCCCGGCCGCGGUGCCCGCGCUGAAGAAAGAGCCGCACGAGAACAUCGCCCGGAUAGCCAAGCGGUACCUCGACGAUAACAUGCAGCAGGCGUGGAUCAAUCCUCGUCUAAUAUCGAUGAUAAACAUGGAGGCAGUGACGUCGACCGAUUACGAUUCGCCGAACCUCAGCCGUAACUUUAACCAGGUCGGCUUCAACACGUACAACUACUCGCAGUUCGAGGAGAAGUACAAACCCCGGCAGGUGUUCAAGUACGGCGACGAGUACCUCGAGUACGGCCGGAACUCGGUCAGGCUCGGACCGAACGAGAAGUUCGCCAGGCUGUCCUCGUCUUCGCGGCACCAAGACGGUGGCAAGAUUGAUCAGAGGUACGUGAGGAGCCACUCUCAACCGGAACGACAACACCACUCGACGCACGAGACCCGGUCGAAGUCGCAGGACUCGCGAGAGUUGACCUUUUACGAGAUCGAUCCACCGAUCAAGGUGGAUCAGCAUCACUCGAAACCGCAUCGUUCCGCGUUGGAGAAGAGCCAGGGUAAAAAGGAGCUGACGUUCUACGAGAUCGACGGACCCACACAAGAGAAGAUGAAAGAUGGCAAAUUCGAGUGCAAGGAGAAACGAGAGAAAACGUACGGAGCGAUCCAGGAGAAACUGAUACAGGGGAAGCAUUUGAAGCAUCAGGAACCGAAGGCGACUGCUCCACCGAACUAUCAAUUAAACAGGUCCCAGUCUGACCUGACCGAGUGCCAGUUGCCGAAUUAUUACCGGCAUCAGAACAACCCUUACAUAGAUCCGCCCAAGUACAGACAGUUCGACAGACCGCCGAAGUACCAGGAGACGCCACCGAAGUCUGAGCCUCCACCCAAGUACUCCGAGGUGGCUAAACGCCAGGAAGACUACAAACGCGUUCAGGAGGAGAGGGGUAAACGGCAAGGAGGAGGAGGAGGAGGAGGAGGGAGCGUCGGUGGUGGUGGCAACUCGAGCAGGGGAACCGGCGGCACUCAUGGCGCCGAGACGCCCUCUAAUCUGGCCAGUAUCACGCCAACCGCGCGAGAAGCAACACGGGGUCCCUCGUCGCGAUCGCGGUUAGCUUACAAGACGUGUGACACGCGUUUCCCGGGCAACAAUAAUAACGGUGCGAGCAAAGAGGACGCGUAUCAGGAUGGUAGCGAGGAUUCCGAAGUGACAGCGACCGCGUCGAGAUGUCACGCGGACUCGUCCAAGUCCCAUCAUCAUCCUCGGUCUUCCGGUAUCGGUGGUACCAGUGGUGGUAGCAGUGGUCCCGUUUCUGGUAAUGUUUGCCACGGUGCUCCCGGUGUUCCGUGCGAUCCGUCGAACUGCGACAGGUACAAGGGCACCGUGGACUCCCUGUUGAAGGCCAGCGAGGCGGUGCAAGGUCGCCUGUGCGACAGAUCGAUGCUGAAGAUCGAGAAGCCGUCGGCGAAGGCGCACGAGGUCAAGUGCGACAGGAUGAAAUCGUCCGCCCAGGAGCAGCUCGGUUACAAACACGAGACUGGGAAGGGGUCUAAGGGCCACGACGGGCACGGGUUCAAGGUCGAGAACAUCAAGUACUACGGCGAACUGAAGGGCUACGACUUCAAGUCGUACGGGACCAUAGACAAGCCGGCGUCCACCCACGAGAAGUCGCACGCGGACAAGAACGGUCACGACAAGUGUCACUCGAAGACCUCCUCGUCGUCCUCGGCGGCAGCCAUGCAGAGUUACGGCCUGUCGAAGGUCGAACGUCCUUCCGAGAAGAGCGUCUACGCGGACCACUAUUAUCACAGAUCGUCGCAUUCGAAGCCGCAGAACGCGUAUCAGGUGUACCAGGAGACCAAGUACUCGUACAACGUGAGCGGAGUGCCGGGGACGCCCGCGCAGGCCAGCGCAGCCGCGGCUUUCUUUGCAAGAGCAGCCCAAAAGUUGAACCUCUCGUCGAGCCCGCACCGGCGACGUCGUUCAGGUGACGAGAAUAUCGGCUCCGACGAGCAACCGAUCUUCCCAAAUGGAUACGCCGCCCUUCUUCUCAAGUCCCCGCCACCCGCGCCUCCGGCGCUUCUACGGAGGAUAGGGGUGAAAGAGCUCACCGGAGUCGGCAAGGUGAAAGUGAUGUUGAAGGUGUCGCCCGGUGAGGGCGGGAGCUUCUUCAACGCGGACAAGAGGAAGAAACAGGUGACGUUGGUGGAUCCAACGGCCGGGCAAUCGUCGACGGCGGACGAUCGAAGGCCGACGGUGGCGGCCCCGAAGAUGUUUGCCUUCGACGCGAUAUUCACGGAGGAGGACUCGCAGACCGAAAUCUGCUCGAGUGCUCUUACGGACGUGAUACACGCGGUGAUCAAUGGAACGGAUGGCUGCCUGUUCUGCUUCGGACACGCAGGAUUAGGUAAAUCUCAUACGAUGCUCGGCACGCCGGAAGCGGGGCACACUCUCGGCGCGAUUCCAUGUGCGAUCGCCUGGCUAUUUCGUGGAAUAUCCGAGCAACGGCAGAGGACGGGCGCCAGGUUUAGCGUGAGGGUCAGCUGCGUGGAAUUAACCACCGGCCAGCAACAGCUACGAGAUCUCCUCGCUGCUCACGCUAACGAUUCGGAGCAGUCGCCGGCCGUGUACCUAAGGGACGAUCCGCUUUUCGGUAGCCUGCAGCUGCAACAGCACAGCGAGCUGCGUGCACCGACUGCGGAACGCGCGGCGUUCUAUUUGGACGCGGCGGUAGCCGGUCGGCAGCGAGACGACGGAGACGCUCACAUGCUGUACACGCUGCACGUUUACCAGUACAGCGUAGCCGGCAAGGGUGGAGUUGCCGGUGGCAGAAGCAGACUGCACUUAAUGGACCUAGGCAAUUCGGAUCGCGGCAAGUCUUCCGGCGGAAUCCCGUUAUCAGGUUUGGGUAACAUUCUUCUGGCGAUCUUCAACGGACAGAAGCAUCUGCCGUACAAGGAGCACAAGCUGACCCAAUUACUGAAGGAGUGCCUCGGCUCCUUGACGUGUCACGCGGCGAUGAUCGCCCACGUGUCUCCGAACGCUCAGCACUACACGGAGACGCUCACUACCGUUCAGCUGGCGUCCCGGAUACAUCGGAUGAGGCGAAGGAAGAUCAAGUUCAUCGGCGGCGGCACCCAAGGUGCCGGGAGCGGCGGCAGCUCGGGGGAGGAAGCCGCGAGACAGAACAGCGAGUGCGAUCCCAGUUCCAGCGACCUGUCCGCGGACACGGUGAUCUACGUCGGGCCCAGUACGGACGACGCGACCGACGGAGAGCACCCGCCGGUCUACAUACCUAGCUUGAACUCCGGUGACAACCGUUGCGCGAUGGGGAGAGUGUUACGCGGAUCCGCCGCGGAAAGGCCUAGCAAAAUUACCGAGGAACGUAGCAGUCCGGCUCACAAAGCUACGAAAGCGGUGAAGACGCACACGGCCUCGAAGCAAACGUCUCCGGCGCACACGGCCACGCCUAAAGCCAGUCCGGCUAGGAAGAUCUCGUCGGCGAAGGUCUCGUCGAAGGUGAACGAUUCUCCUGGUAGCAAAAUCCCGGUGGCAGCGCCGAGCGGGGGAUCGGACGAGCAAUGGAUAGACGGGCCUCGAAUCUCGAAAUCGAAAGUAGCCGAGGCGAGACACAUGUUGAAGGAUCCCCACCACAAGCGAGAGACGUGGAUCGACGGACCGAUGCAGCUGACCGGUCCCUCCACAUUGCAGUUGCAACACACUCAGCAACAUUCCUCGGGAUAUGGAUUCAUGGACAGCCACAAGAAGAGUAUGAUCAGGAAGUGGGUCGAGAAUCAAUCGUCGCAGAUACAGAAGAGCAGGCACGCCUCGGCUAGGAUGGAGUCGUCGUCGUCGAAAGUGUCUGGACAGUCGUCGCAGUUUAAAGAGCUGACGACGUUCAAGACUUGUCCGGGCGUCGACGACGAUGAUACGUCGCUGUCGACGGUCGAGAGCGACAGCCUGAAGGCGAACGAGAUCGAGGACAUCACCGAGAAACUCGGGGCUAAGCUGAACCUCUUGAACGUGAAGUCGAACACCGACUCGGGGCUGGAUCUGACAGCCAGUCCUGUAAUGGACGACAGCGUGGACAAAGGGAAGUUGGAUCUUCAGGAGGACGAGGACGACGACGAGGAGAUCGUGGUACCGCCGCCGUUGCCUCUCAUCGAGCCAUUGAGCAACGGAGUCAGCAGGGAGGUAUCCAUGGAGAGUCUGAACCUCUCUCACAAAGACAUCGUCCUACCCUCCAGGCACUCGUUGUCUUCUGAAGACGAGAUCCUAGAAAUCGUUGAAGUCGAAGAUCUGGAGCCGGUGCCUAUGCAGGACUCCUGCCUCCAAGUGACCGAAGAGGAUAUCGCGAUGUGCAUGGGCGAAAAUCCUCUGCCGGAGAGCGACCAGGAGGAACAUCCUCUGAGAAUUCUCAGCCAGGAGAACUUGACGGUCGUCUCUACAUUCACUGACUCGAUGUCGGUGAUGUCCGACACGGACCGGUACAGGCCCCAGUAUCCGCCCCCGGUCGGCGCCGGCGUUUUACCGAGGCCGUACUUCGACCACGAGGAUUUCCUCGAGCAGGAGACCAGACACAAGUUCGACCAGUUGGCCCGGCUCCACGAGCUCUACCAAAGCAAACUGGCCCUCGCCAACGUUUCCAAUUCGGUCACUUACCAGAGGGAAAACUCCUCGAACGUGAACGUUAGAGAAGCUCCAUCCGCGCCCGUCUUCCGUCCUCCGUCGCGGUGUCAAUCGUUGUCGCUGUCCGACGUAAUGUUCAACGAUAACGCGAGCAACCACGGGAGCAUCUAUAGCGAACCGGCGUACAUCGCUGGUAAAUCGGACCAGGAGAAGAUCUGCGACAAUUGCCGUCAAAGUAUGACCAGACCAGCCACUGCCUCCUAUUGGUAUCCGAACAGCGUCGCGCAUAUAGCGAGCCCCAGGAGGUACUGCGGCAAGUUAGGCGAGUGCAAUAUAUCUAGUCUGAGGCAUCCGGACGGUGCCUCGAAUCCGAAUCUCAAGGAGGAAGUGGAAAGGUUACCCGGGAACGGUGCUUCCGGCUCGGACCCUGAAGAGGAAUACGUCGAGGCGAAAAAAUUGUUCACAGCUGCUGAGAGGUCCGAGAGGACUGUCACCGGCAAAUCGGAUAUCGAAGAAGAUCUCAAAGUUCAAGCAACGGCACCGCUGCAGUUGUCGAUUCCAUCGCCUGCACCGUCUUCCGGUCGAAUGCAGCGCAAGAUUACAAGCCUCGGCUCGUCGCUAGGCUUGAAUAAAGAGGGCUACGAUUCCGGGGCGGAUUCCACGCCAAGAGCAGCGAAACUCUCGCCGGCCACGUUAUCGAGGCAUCGCGCCGAGAGUUCAGGGUACGACAGCAUCGUGAGAGACAGCGAGACUAGUAGCAUCGCAAGCGACUCGUCCAGACAGACCGGGGCUCUUCAGGAGCACCAAGCGGUGGAACAGCGGGUGGCAGAGUUCGGGCCCCGGUGCCGGGCCCGUCCGCCGCCGUCCGCCCUGCCGUCGCCGGGGAUAAUCGCGUACACAAGCGAGGACGUGGACAUCCUGGACAGGCGCGCGCGGUUGCGCUCGGAUCCACGUGGCACGAUGUCCAGGAUACACAGCCUUCGACUACGGCAGCGCCUUCUUAGGCUAGAGCUACGAGACGCCAAGAAGCGCCUCAUGGUGCCCGAUUCCCGCUGGAGCUACGACCUCCACGUAGAGGAGAGCAUGGACUGGCGGGACCCGUCGUUCCUCGAGGCGCUCGAGGCGGAAACGUGUAUUUUACAGAAGCGAGUGCACGCCUGCAAGAGCCACGUUCUGUUGAUCACCUGCUUCGACUCGUACCCGAGGCAGUCGUGCACGCGGCAAGCGGAAACGGCAUCCGAGGUUCGGAUCACUUAACGUAGAGUCGGGUCAGCGCGUACGACCGCGUGCUGAUCGCCAAGAUGAUCUUCGAACGAUUUAGAACACGAGACGAGCGAGGUCGCUGAUGGGAAGCGCCAGGGGGAAAGAACGGAAGAGUCAAAAAGAAUGGGGGGAUCGUUGUCACGAUGUCGCUCGACUCCGUCCAAUUAGUUGUUAAAUGACAAAUCUAGUACGUAUUCGUGUGAUCGCCGUCGUCGUUGUUGCGCGAUCUCUCAAAUGGAUGGAGACUUUCGUCCUCCUCUGCUAGAGCAAUCAAGCGAGAACCGCGGGUUUAUCGCAAUUUUAUCCUAUCGGGGGACCGUAGCGUAUUCCAGUGAUUUCCGGGGUGAGACGUUCGAGGAGCGAGAUUGUUGGCCGAUUGACACCCGACGACUUCAAGUACACUUGUUGACUUAAAUGAUAAUUUAGCGUACGAGUUGGUGCUGCAUUUUUUUAUACUGGUCGAGGGGAAUUAGGUAAAUUCACUGCCUCCGGUCUCCGGACUUCGCGACGUCACAGAGACACGGACCGAGAGGCCUGUUAGUCAGAUUGCUCUGUUGGUACCGGAACCGGGCCAAGCUUCGAGAACAGCGAAGAUUCUAGAUAGAGCAUUUACAAGUCGGCUGACCAUUUUUAGGGAAGAGUUAUCGUUGCGUAACGGCGUGCCGUGCCGUACCGUGCGUGCUUGAUCGAUCGGGGAUCGGGUGUCGAUCCCGCUUUCGACGAAACGAUACGCCGAGCCUCGAUCGAGGAUAUUCGGGACCGAAAUUCAAGUAGAACUCGCGACGAGUUCGACAGCUAAACGGAGUAUCAGUACAUCGAAUUCGCCAGGAUGAAACGAAACGAGAUAGGAGAAAGAGUAUCUAAUGUUAUGUACGCUGGAAAAUUCAGGAGACCAGCGAAACGAUCGAUGCGAUAUAAGAAAGAAAGAAAGAGUGGGAGAGAAAGAGAGAGAGAAAGAGAGAAAAAGAAGUAGACCGCCAUUGUAUUUAAUGCACGCACGUUAAUUCAAGAAUAUUAUCGUAGCUUUAAUCGUUAUCAACAGUUAUCGCACUUUCGUAGGGCUCUGUAAUUUUCACUUUUAGAAGCGUGAUGAGAAUCGAUGGGAAUUCGCGAGAGAAACUAUGGGAGCGAGAGUAGAGAGAAUGAGUUAACGAGCGCUAAAGUAACUGAGAAGAUGCCGAGAGAGAGAGAGAGAGAGAGAGAGUGUGUGUGUUACCUUUCUUCACGGUAAACUCUUAGUGUUCGUAAUGGUAAAAGUUGCUCGGUACGCGAGAGAUCUCUUUUCACCGGCUGAAACCGGAGACGCGAGACGACAACGUACGGAAAACGCGAGACACAGAGGGAGUCGACGGAGUUACGCGAAGUUUAAGCGUGGGUGGAACGCGGACCGGAGAGAUUCAAAAUAGACGGGAUGGAAAUAAAUCGAGAAUAACGCUAGUAAUGCGCGGGUAGAAAAUAGAGAGAGUGAUUCCAGAUUCCUGAUACGAGAGUAUCGAUGAAACCUACGCUGCUCCGUCCACUCCGUAUCUUUGCUCAGAGUAUAUGUCACUGUUUUUUCAUAACUGUGCACCGCUGACGACCCGAGAUCUCGAUCAACUUUCACACGGUGACACUGAACAUCGGAACACGAUUCGGUUUAAUUUCAACUAUUUGUAACAAGAUAAUGUUGCGAUCGUUCAAAUGUUUAAUAAAUCGUAAUUGAAAGCCGUUCUGCUUACCGAGCAACCCUAUAGUCCGCAGGAGUCGUUCUCGAAGCUAAAGGACUAAAUCGAUCGCCAAGAUUCCUGUGUCAUUGUUAAACGAAAGACCCGUACGCCAUAUUCGUCCGUGUUGUUAGACUGUUCUUAACCCGCCACUGCCAAACCAAGCGUUUUCGUAUAAUCGAUUAUCCAUCGUGUAUCGUUCCCGCUUCCGGUUUUCAGUUUUAAACCCAGAGACUCGUCCUGCGACUGAUUUAACAAACGAUUUCAUUCCCAACGAUGCCUUCCAGGCGCGACGUUCUCAAUUGAAUUAACGAGAACGUCGAGCCAGAACGAAGUCAAACCGGUACCAAAUCUCUAUUCCUGUCUCCCGUUUAUUUCAUAUUCCUCGAUUUCGUGUUUCACAAUCUAGGGAAAAGCGUCACUCCGUCUACUGCCGUGAUAAAACACGAUUAUACUGUGAUUUUAAUAAGAAGCGCCACUGUUCUGAGCUUACGCGGAACUUCUUGCGAAAAGCAGAGUAUAGCGAACAAUUCAACGAGUAAUAUACCACCAUAGCGAUUAACGAUUAAGAGAGAAAGGAUACAACACAGAUUACACGCGCACUACCUAAGAACACGAGCCAACACACAGACACACACAGACACACGUACACACCACGCGUCUACUGUACCAUAGUACUUGUACCAUAUUUAUAUUUUAUAUGUACAAAUUAGCCAUGUAAUUUCUUGUAAUAAAGAUCAAUUUACAACGUG